AUGCUGCUGUUGUUUCCCUGAAGCAAUGCGUUAUAGUUAUAGGUUUUGUGAUUUCAAAAGUUUCCUAUUUGAGCGAUGUGAAGUUCCGAGAAAUGUCUGCUUAAUUACACACACUGUUUGUCUGCUCAGUUUGAGUGGGAUUUUCUGUGUUAUUUCACAGGUUGCAUAUUUGAUCUGGAGUUUCGGACGAGGAGAGACGGGAAGUUCAUAGCGUUGGGGAAGCCUGAGGGUCAUCCUAACUCUGGCCGUAGUGUGGGUCAGUGUGGGGUCACACCCUGCACCCUGGUGACCUGCAGGAAUGGAGGAACCUGUGUGGACUCUGGAUCCUCUGUCUACUGCCAGUGCCCAUUCGGCUGGAAGGGAGCACUCUGCUCUGAGACCGUGUCUGUGUGCGACGCUGAACACCGUCCCCCUCCUUUGUGUGCCCGUGGUUCCACCUGCGUACCCCUUCCAGACGGAUACACCUGCCUCUGCCCCUUGGGCACCGGCGGACUGCACUGUCAGCAAGCCAUGGCCAUCAGUGACCCAUUCUUCAGCAGUAACCAGUCAUCCUGGAUGUCUUUCCCUCCAGUCAGCAUUAGACACAGGACAGACCUCAGGCUGCAGUUCCAGACUCUGUCACCAGAGGGCAUCCUCUUCUACACAGCACAGCACCUCAGUGCCCGGGCCGAAGACUUCUUCUGUGUGUCCCUGACAUCGGGGUUGGUCCAGCUGCGUUACAACCUGGGUUCUGGAACCAACGUGUUACAGUCCACUAACAGAGUGGACACCAGCGGAGGGACCUGGCACACGGUGAGGACAGGCAGGACGGGCCACCAGGGGUUCCUGGUUCUGGAGCAGAAUGACACGGAGGGAGGGAUGUCCACUCUGGACGUGGCCACGGACCUCUUCGUCGGCGGGGUCUCCGACCUGAGCUCCAUCUCUACGUUCUCCGUGGAGAGCGAGCCUGUGGGUUUUACUGGAGGCGUGAGAGAGCUCGUCUUAAACGGACACGACUUUGACCUGACGGAGACAGGGGCCCUGGGAGGGGCCAAUGUGGGCGACUGGGACGGGACGGCGUGCGGGUACAAAGUGUGCCAGAACGGUGGCCGCUGUACUGCGUUGAGCGGCGCCGAUUCGGACUCAUUUAUGUGCACCUGCCCUCCUCGGUGGACGGGUCCUGUGUGUAACCAAUCGGUGUAUUGUGUCAAUAACCUCUGUCAACAUGAGUCAUUGUGUUUCUCUGAUCUUGUGACUGGCUCAUACGACUGUUUCUGUCCUCUCGGGUCGGAGGGGAGGUACUGCGAUAAGCAGGUAGGCCUAUCCAUGACCACUCUGAAGUUCGUUGGGAAAUCAUAUCUGAAAUACAGGGAUCCUAAAUUCAACACAAGGAAUCUGAGGUACACGCAGGUUUCGUUUAACUUUACAGCAAGCAGGAACGAAGGGUUGAUUCUGUGGAUGGGAAGAGCGGAGCAUGAUGACGACGAUUACCUUGCCGUCGGGCUUCAGGCCACCUCAAAAUCGCAGUCAACCUCGGAGAGAGGCUCUCCCUCCCGCUCACUUUCAGAAACGUCACGUUGUGUUGCAACAAAUGGUAUUAUUUAUCUCUCUCUCUGAACAGUACCCUUAUUCAGGUGUUCCUGGGUGAUGAGAGGGUCCUUUUCGAAGACGUGGACCCCUUCGAGCGUUACGUUGCCAUGAAUUACGGGGGUCUGUUGUACUUGGGAGGGUUCGAGUUGCAUAGGAACAUCUCAACAGUGACGUCUGGGCUGUUUACCAAAGGGUUUGUGGGAGAUCUUAAAGAUGUGCGUUUGUAUCAGGACCCCAGACAACUGCUGUUCCUCCAAAACAGCAAAGGAUUUAAUGUUUACAAAAGUAAUGAGUAGUUCUGUAACUCGUGAAAAUAGGUAAUUACUGUGUUGUGAUAAAGAAAUUCAUAGUUUAAGUUCUUCAUACACUUGGCAAUCCAAGUUGUAUUCAUUAUGCACCAAAUGGAAGAAAACACAAACAAGGACAACCUCCUGGAAUUGUUAAUAAGCUCGUUGUUUUUUUUAUCCAUUGUGUGCCCUGAUGAACACAACUCUGUUGAAACUGCCAGCUCCUCAGUAGAUGGUUAAUACCCUAAGUAUUCCAAACAUUAAGAACGCCUUCCUAAAAUUGAGUUGCUCCCCUCCCUUUUACCCUCAGAACAGCCUCAAUUCUUCGGGGCAUGGACUCUACAAGGUGUCGAAAGCAUUCCACAAGGCUGCUGGCCCAUGUUGACUCCAAUGAUUCCCACAGUUGUGUCAAGUGGCUGGAUGUCCUUUGGCUGGUGGACCAUUUUUGAUACACACAGGAAACUGUUGAGUAUGAAAACCCCGCAGCAUUGCAGUUCUUGACACACUCAAACUGGUGUGCCUGGCACUACUACGCCAUUCAAAGGCACAAAUCUUUAGUCUUGCCCAUUCACCCUCUGAAUGGCACACAUACACAAUCCAUGUCUCAAAAAAAAUGUUUUACCUGUCUCCUACACUGAUUGAAGAGAAACUCAAUAAGGGAUUCACCUGGUCAGUCUGUGUUUUGUCUACUCAGUAAGUCUGAUUAGAAUAUACAUUCCUCUCAUAAAAAGGACAUUUCUUCUCAACAAUACAAAGAUCAACUUUAUUACCAGCUGUACAUGAACACGGUGCAGAAGGCACACUUGAUUUUCCAAUGUCCUUGACAAGCCAAAAUGUACAUAGACAAUAUUUGUCGAUAGAAAAAAAAUAAAUGUAUUUCUGUAUAGCAAUUU